AUGCAACACACCAACACCCUCCACGUGCCCCCACGCGGCUCACCGAGUCACUCAGCAUAUAUAGCCUCCACCCGCACCCCCCGUUCCCCCCUCCAUCACCGCCAUCAUCACAGCAGUCAGAAAACACCGGAAAACGACCCCGCUGAUACACUUCUCAUGACGACAACUCCAUCCUCACCACCAUGGGAAGUCCUUCUCCUCGUUGCUCACCACCUUGACGCCAAAACCCUUGCCAUUGCCUCAUGCGUUUCCAAAUUAUGGUCGAUUUCAAUGUCCUCGGACCAUCUUUGGAAACCCAUCUUCACCUCCCAUUUCCCCUCUCUGUCCACCCUUCAACACGCUCAACCUACUGUUUCCUUCCACCGCCUAUUCGCCAUAGGCCGCACCGCCACCAAGCGCCGCCUUCAGAACCCGGCGAAGCCCAAGAUUUGCCUCAACGACCUUGUCUUUGUAAUUUCCGUCUCCACCAGCGACUCCCUUGUUUUUAAUCUAACGAUCCCCUGCGACAAGAUGGUCGCCGAUCCACACGGCCUGUUCCGGUUUGAUCUCGAGAUCGGAGAGAGCGAGUGGGUGAGGGAGGCUCUGGAAGAAGUGAAGAUCACGUGGAAUGUGAUAUUGAGAGGGUGGAAAGAUGUUUUCUGCAUGAUGGACAGUGUGGGGAAGUUGGGAUUUCAGGCGGGUAGCGAGGGGUGGUUCUCGGUGGAGCUUCCCACACCAGGAUGCUGUUCGAACGUGGUGGCGAGCUCUGUGGUGGCGGAUUUAAAGUUAGGGCUUCGCGGUGGGAAGGAGAGAGAUGGGAGGGUGAGAAUAAAGAAGGUGAGUGUGGGGAUUUUGAAUAUAAUGAAUUGGAGGUAUGUGAGCCUUGAAGAUGGUCUCCGGUACCUGCAGCAUUUUCUUCAUUGUGACUCGUAA